CCCACGGUGUCCAUGGCGACAAAAUAUAAAGGGGUUGGGACGGAAAGAGACUGCUUACACCCACCGGAAACCAUGUCUGCAGCACCAGCAGAAAUGAAAUUGAACGAAUCCAACUUUAUAUAUGUGAUCGCUCUAAAAUCCCCGCACAAAUGUAUAUUUGGUGCAAUGAGAAUCGCCCGAUAUACCCGCUGAACCGCUCGCCGUUAUUGGAUUCCGUUCGGCGGUUUCGUGAAGCCGAGUAAACAUCGUCGAGGUUUGAAUGAGAGGAGGCAGCGGUGCAGACCGGUUCCCAAUGGUCUUUUAAAAAAAAACCUUCGUCGCCGGGCGUGAAAAUACAUAUCUAAACUAGCAAGUUAAACAUGGAUCAGUAUCACGGGUAUUCUUAAGAAAUGAUCCAGUAUUAUUUUGUCUUCUCAUGUCAGUAACUACAGUAGUUUCAGUCCGAUCGAUGGUUUCGUUGAAGCUUGACAGUGGCUGAUUUCAGGCCUUUCUAUCUGGACAUUUGACUGGGGAAAGCCGCCCGUACGGGACUUGGCCUGUUUCGCUGCAUCAACCGACUCAAAUGAUGCGUGUUGUGUCGUUGCAUUGAUUUUUGGAUGAUCAUAUCAUCUACUUUUAGCAUAUCAUUUUAUUUUUUAUCCAAACGGUAUAUUUUUUAUGGGAUUAUCGGUACAUUCGAAGCAAAUAUGUUGAAUUGGAAGCGGCUGCUGCGGGUGUCGAACCGCUCAUUUUUGGCCUUCAUUUUUUUCUUCUCCAUGUCUACGACUGGUCUCUACUUCAUAUAUGUGGCUCCUGGAAUAGCCAACACCUACUUCUUCAUGGUGCAGGCCCAGGGCAUCAUGUUGAGGGAUAAUGUGAGGACCAUUGGUCAGAUGAUCAGACUCUACACCAAUAAGAACAGUACUCUCAACGGCACAGAUUACCCAGAUGGCAGUAACUCCAGUGAAUACAUGUCCCAGCCAACCGCAUACCUCCCUGAGAACUUCACAUACGCCCAGAACCUCCCCUGCCCAGAACGCUUACCUUCUAUGAAGGGUCCUAUGGACGUCAACAUGACUCAGAUCGCUAUGGAGGAGAUUGAUCUCAAGUUCUCCAAGUAUCUGGAUGUUCACUUUGGAGGACACUGGAGACCCAAGGACUGUAAACCACGCUGGAAGGUGGCCAUCCUGAUCCCGUUCCGUAACCGCUACGAGCACCUUCCCAUCCUGUUCCAGCACCUCACCCCCAUGCUGCAGAGACAGAGGCUGCAGUUUGCAUAUUACGUCAUCGAGCAGUCUGGUACCCAGCCAUUCAACAGAGCCAUGUUGUUUAAUGUGGGUUUCCUGGAAGCCAUGAAGGAUCUGGACUGGGACUGUCUGGUGUUCCACGAUGUCGACCACAUCCCAGAGAACGACCGUAACUACUACGGCUGUGGUCAGAUGCCUCGCCACUUCGCAGCCAAACUGGACAAGUACAUGUACCUACUACCAUAUAGUGAGUUCUUUGGGGGCGUGAGUGGACUCACAGUGGAACAGUUCCGCAAGAUUAAUGGCUUUCCCAAUGCGUUCUGGGGCUGGGGAGGAGAGGACGACGACCUCUGGAACAGAGUACAUUAUGCUGGUCUGAACAUCACAAGGCCGGAGGGAGAAAUGGGUAAAUACAAGUCCAUCCCACACCACCACCGGGGAGAGGUGCAGUUCCUGGGCAGGUACAAGCUGCUGAGGUACUCCAAAGAAAGGCAGCACCUGGAUGGCCUGAACAACCUUAACUACACCCCUGAGAUCUCCCUGAGCUCCCUGUAUAAGAACAUCACCGUGGACCUGCACCCUGAUCUGGCACCCAUCGCAGACUACUGAACUCUGACUCCCACCUGACCUCUUAAACCCUUCACACUCCCUCAAGCAUCAAACAGUACCCCAAAGCUGGGCAAAGAGGGGCUGGGGUUGGGAGUCGGAGGCACACCAUGUAACGCUGCCAAGAAACUUUACUCAAAAAAACAACAAAAAACAUGAGAGGAAGGGGCAUAUAGGGUCUGUUUAAUCGAACAAUUGAUUGUGUAUGUUUCUGUGAUUGUGUGUGUGUGUGUGCUUGCAAGGAUGUGUGUCUGACAUUUUGUGUUUGUGUGUCACUGCAUGUCACUGUGUUCAUGCUUUAGCUACUGAGCUACUUCACAAUACAGUAUGAGGAGGGAAGGACAGCAUUAGUUUUUUUCCCCACAUCUGAUGUUUACUGCAACGCCUUAGUGUCAGGCUCCGCCUCAGAGCCACGGCUCUCUGGCUGCCUCUCAAAUGGUACCCUAUUCCCUACAAGGCUGGAGUUGCCAAGGACCCCACAGUAUGAUAUUGUCACGAUACUUAGGUGCCGAUAUGUAUUGCUAUUCGGUACUGCAGUUUUUUUCAGUUUAUUUUUUAUUUGAUUUUUUUUAAUUGCCAUUUGAUAUUCAAAAUAUAUUGCUCACUAUAUACUGAGUGUACAAAACAUUAGGACCACCUUCCUAAUAUUGAGUUGCGCCCCCUUUUUGUCAUCAGAAAAGCCUCAAUUCGUUGGGGGCAUGGACUCUUACAAGGUGUCUCAAGCUGUCCACAGCGAUGCCACCCCAUGUUGACUCAAUGCUGUCCACAAGUUGUCAAGUUGGCAGGAUAUUUUUUAGGUGGUGGACCAUUCUUGAUACACAUGGGUAACUGUUGAGAGUGGAAAAACCCGGCAGCUUUGCAGUGACCUACUCAAACCGGUGCACCUGGCACCUACUACCAGACCCCGUUCAAAGGCACUUCAAUCUUUUGUCUUGCCCAUUUACCCUCUGAAUUGCCCGCACAAUACAUGUCUCAGUUGCCUUAAGAUCUAAAAUAUCCUUCUUUAAUGUCUCCUCCCUUCAACACUGAUUUUGAAGUGGAUUUAACAAGUGAAAUCAAUAAGGGAUCGUAGCUUUCACCUGCUCAUUCUGUCAUGGAAUGAGCAGGUGUUCCUAAUGAUUUGUACACUCAGUCUAUGUCUGCUGCAGAGAGACGGGAGAGCGUGAGAAGACGAGUUUUGAUCGGUCAGGGAAAUGAAAGUGCUAAAAAUCUUUUGGAUCCCUAUUUAAAAAGAUGGCGAACAAGCUAUGGUAUUUUUCAUCCAAUAGGUUUGGCACCGGUACAGCCGACUAGCACUAGCUACAGUUACGACAGAGGGAAAAAGUUAUAUUUCUUUCUUUUACAAAUCGAUUCGUAGAAUCAGGUAUUGAUAUCGUAAAAAAAAAAAAUACUGCUAUAUGUAACUCGAUUAAAGCCUUAGGGCUCUGGUCAAAAGUAGGGCACUAUAUAGGGAAUAGGGUGCCAUUUGGGACUCUUACCUUAUCUCUCAGCACAGCUUUAACUUCUAACGUCUCAGUAUCACCUUACGAGCCAACAGACAUUUUUGUCUUCAUGUUAUAUCAUUUUUUUACACAUGGUCAUUUUUUAAAGAUGAAACAUGUAUUCAAACGUAUUCCUUAAAGAGGAGGAAAUAGAGGAGCUAAGCGGGGGGGCGACUUGUGUUUAUUGUGAUGUACAUUUUCUGAUAUGAUCUAUUUUCUUAGUAUUUAUUUUUUCCUUUUUUAACGGAUGUUUUAGAUCACUUCUCUGUGUUUCACACGAUGAGCGUUUUGCUGUUUCUUUGCUACACUGCCGACACGCAUGAUGCACAGAACACGUGUAAAUACUGGCCACUGAAAAGCUUGAGCACAGAACACGUAUGUACAUAUUUGGCCUUUUAAAACGCUCCUGUUAAGUUAUUCCAGUGGAUUUGAAUUUUGUUUUGGCAGCUACCUUCUUCCUGAGGACUUAAAGGACUUAACAGAGUGAGUGGUUCUUCCAUUUCACUGGGAAGAUGUAACAAUAGAUGGACAUUUGGCUUUAAAAUGAAAAAAUCUCUUAGUCAACCUAUCUUUUGCAUGCCUUGAUUUAUUUUGUUACUAAUGUUUUUUUUAAGCAUAAUUUAUUUCGUUAUUUCAAGAUGUUUACUUUUUCAGUUUUGCCUUUUUAGUGUUUCGUUUGUUUCUCGAGGCGCACAGUUAGAAAAUAGACUGACGUUAUGGAGUGUGUUCCUGUACAGAAAGACAGAUGGAGGCCAGGGUUCAAAGGACUGUCGUAGCUCUGGUCCAGGGUGUUACGUGUAGUUUUCUGGUGCUGAGCCUUCAACAGCAAGCCACACGUAACACCCUGGACCAGAGCUAAGGACUGUUGCUGCUAAAUGGUAAGCUGAGAUGUCGUUCUAUCUUCCUCUGGUGUGUGUAGUUUGCUAUUAUGGAGGAGGCGUGUAUACCGUGCGAAUAGCGUGUUUGGCACAGGAUUAUGUUUCAGACGUGUCUGUGGCUCAUGUACGUCUCGUGUGUUAGGUAAGUGGAACAUGCGCUUGUGGUUUGGGCUGGUGUGUUUGUGUGAACUGUGAUAUGGUCCUACUAGGCUUGUGAGGUAUUUAGGGGCCAGAAUGAAAGAACAGCAGCUAAAGCUAACAGUUAACCCUGUUCUUGAAUGGCACAGACUGAAAUUUGGGUCAUGAAUACUUUAAAUUGUUAAAGUUUUGAGCACUGCAAAGAUUAGCAGUAAUUUCUUUUGUACCUAUUAGCGUUUUUUCUCUUCUACAUAUAUUUUGCCCAUACAGUUCAUAGUUAAAUUGUCUGGGUGUUUUGCUAGCGAUGUUGAUUUAUCAAAUGUAUGUCUCAAGUAGAACUGCUCUAUUCAAACUACCCAUGUUUUCUCCAUCACAGUAUUGCAGUACUGGGAACCUCCUGUCCUGCUCCAAACAUGGGGUUUAUCCAAAAUGGCACCCUGAGUCCUAUAUAGUGCACUACUUUUGACUGGAGUCCUAUGCGUCCUGGUCAAAGUAGUACACUAUAUUGGGAGUAGGGUAAUCUGGAACGUAGCCUAGCUCUCUCUGUCCCGUCACUCUUGUAGUGCUGUGGAGGAGCGGCCUGAAGAGGUUUACAGUCAUUUUCGCUCCAAAGCUGAAGUGGCUAACAAAGUGCCAGGCUCAAGUCUGUUUUGGUUAACAGACAUUUGCUACGGUUACAUAAGACCUCAAUGGUGUAUUUCUGACCAAUCGGGUGAGGUGAGACAGAAUCAAAGUAAACACGGUAGUGAUAAGACAUGCUGUUGGAGGUGGUCAACUGUGCCAAAGUUCCACUUCGAUACCUACCCAUCCUAAUUCUUCCACCUGCCUCUUCUACACUUCUUAUCUCUGCUUGUCUUUCCUUCCUUCCCUUUUUUUAAAUGAAUUCUCCUCCCAUGAGCUCUACUAUGGUGUCUCAGCAUCCAGAUAGACUAGUGUUGAUAGUAGAGCCAUAUACAGAACAUACAGGUAACGACUGAAAUAAAGGAAACACUAACAUAGUGUCUUAAUAGGGCGUUGGGCCGCCAGAACAGCUUCAAUGCGCCUUGGCAUAGAUUCUACAAGUGUCUGAUAAUGGGCAACUGGGCAUUUUUAUACAUGACCCGAACAUUGAUGGGAUGUUAAUUGCUUCAUUAACUCAGGAACCACACCUGCAUGGAACCACACCUGCAUGGAACCACACCUGCAUGGAACCACACCUGCAUGGAAGCACACCUGCAUGGAAGCACACCUGCAUGGAAGCACACCUGCAUGGAACCACACCUGCAUGGAACCACCUGCAUGGAACCACACCUGCAUGGAACCACACCUGCAUGGAAGCAUCUGCUUUCUAUACUUUGUAGCCCUCAUUUAGUCAAGUGUUUAUUUUAUUUUGGCAGUUACCUAUAUAUCUCUGUAUGUCUCUGGGUAUAGGUCAGUGUUAGAGACUGGGUUGGGGGGGUUUCUCUUUUGCUAUGCCUUUUGCCCACUAACAGAUUUUUGCAUAAGAGGAUAACCGCUGUCAUUGUUUUUAUAUAUACUGUAGAAGUUAUGGGCGGCCAAGCUGUCCCCCCACUUGAGGGCACUAUGAGUUACUGUAGCAGAGAGAUGCACUCUGUGUCAGUAGCUUCUUUUUCUGGAUUCCGCUUCUUUAUAUUCUCUCUCCCUGUCAUCGUGUCUGUCUUUCAAUCUGUUCAGGGAACAGUGUGACGAGUAUUAAAGAGAUGAAUUAGAGAGAGCACCCAUCACUGAAGAUUAUCUAGGGUCAUUAUUCCCUGUGUCCCAAAUGGAACCCUCUUCCCUAUAUAAUGCACUACUGGCUCUGGUCAGAAGUAGUAGACUAUAUAGAGAAUAGGGUACCAUUUGGGACACACCUCAGAGUUGUACAUAUUGUUAUUGCCUCUGAGAGGAGUAGGGGGCGAGGUAUGGAAGGAAGGGUAGUUUAGGGGCCGGCUGGGCAGUGUGCUGGCUACACCCGGUCGCUAGUGGUUUGGUUUACACCCCCAGGCCAAGGGGGCAAGGGACCCCCCCUACUCUCCCCUCCUACUGCCUCUGUUGGUUGUACGAAUAUCCAAAAAUAGAUAUACAAUUUUUCUAAUGAGUAUAUUCACCAUUACAUAAUUUGUAAUGUAUAGUAUGACAUUUUUGCAGUAUUCAUAUUUGUGCCUUGAGUUUUUAUUUUUUCCAAACUGUUUUCACUUUGGAUUCUUGGUUGAAAGAUACAGUAAAGGUUUGGAUUGUUUUUAAACUGAAGUUAGUGUAUUUGCUUUUUUAUUUUCCAACUAGAAUGGAGCUCUGGCACAAAGUUUCCAUGACAACAGGCUGUGUAGGUUUCCAGAAGGAUUCCUACUCAAGUGUCUGUCUAUUGUAUCAAUGAUUGGCUGUAUUCAAUUUUUUCCUGCUGUCCAAUCAGAGGCCUGUUCUACUCUGGCUGCUUGGACCAUGACAUCCUCUUGGAUCCUCAGCUCUCCGGUUCUCACUGUUCUCUGCUCUGUCUGAACAGAGUCAUAGCUGGAGCCUGAGUGCAGACUCUUGCAUUACUACCAUCCAUCAGGAAGUGGAGGAUGACAGAGAGGAAGUAGUGACUUUUGAAUCUAUGGGAAUGAACUGUCAAAUCUGGUAUACAAAUAAUAUAUUUGCUCGUUCAAUGUCAGGCAUAUUCAUUCAACUUUAUGGGUUUGUACUAAAUUGUUCGGAAGCUGCAUUUAUAGAAAUAUUGAUUUGGCCCCAAAAAACUAGCUUAAUUCAAUGUAGCGCCUACUAAUGCGCCUCUUGUAUAGUUUAGCAAUUUCAUUUUGCUAGAGUUCCUGCCCCCCCUCUGACAACGCAGACAACUUUCUACAUGGUGAAGCCGAGCGAUGAGCCAUCUUGUCAAUCUUCCACAAUCUUUGGUAUAACAGCCAGUAAAAGACGAGAGUUGAACUGUUGGACUUUGAAGUUUUUUUUUUUU